AUGACUGCUGCCUGGAAAGCCGCCGGCCUUACCUACAACCGCUACCUGGCGAUUGCCGCCCGCACCGUGCGCCGGUCCCUGAAGGACGAGCCCCGUCUCGCUGCUGAGCGCCGCGGCAUGAUGGACCUUCGUUUCGCCAAGUGGGAGGGCGGUAAGCAGGGCAACGUUCGCUCGCUCGCCGAGGCCAACAACGAGGCCAUUGCCAAGGCCGCUGAGAAAUAG